AUGUCGGCACCAGCUCCCGUCAACACCGCCGUCCCCAUCGCGCAGAGCCAGCAGUCGCCCCACGCCGCCGCCGAGGCCGCCCGCGCCAUAGAGCACACAAACAGCUGGACGCCGCCCGCCUUUGAGCGCCGCCAGAGCUGGAAGCAGGAGGACCAGAAGCGCGAGCUGCAGAUGAGCCAUAUCAACGAGCGCGUCAAGACGGGGCCCGGCUUCACGGAGCGGACGUAA